AUAUGUCUACUUCCGGAACUAGACGUUGAGUUUAGAUCGUGACGAAAGCAUUUCGGCUGUUCAUAUCCCAAGAUCCUCUGUUCUGUCUUCCUUUCCCCUUGCAAUCCAAAAUGUCGAAGAGAGGACGUGGUGGUUCAUCUGGAGCAAAAUUCCGCAUCUCUCUGGGUCUCCCGGUAGGUGCAGUUAUCAACUGUGCUGACAACACAGGUGCAAAGAACCUAUACAUAAUCUCUGUGAAGGGAAUCAAGGGGCGAUUGAACAGGCUGCCUGCUGCUGGUGUGGGUGAUAUGGUCAUGGCUACUGUAAAGAAAGGCAAGCCAGAACUAAGGAAAAAGGUGCAUCCAGCAGUGGUGAUACGGCAGCGGAAAUCUUACCGGAGAAAAGAUGGGGUGUUUUUGUACUUUGAAGACAAUGCAGGGGUCAUAGUGAACAAUAAAGGAGAAAUGAAAGGCUCUGCCAUCACAGGACCUGUAGCCAAGGAAUGUGCAGACCUGUGGCCCAGGAUUGCCUCCAAUGCUGGCAGCAUUGCAUAACCUCAUCCCCCAAACAAUCUCACCAGUGUUUGUUAAAUAAAAUCUUUUCAAAGCUG